AUGGCUCCCAGUGAAUACUCUCUUCGAUUGCAGAAAGGCAUAACCGGCGGCUUCGCUCCCCCCACCCCCUCCUUCAUCGCAACCAUCACCCGCCCCGUCGAUUCGGACACGCUCAACAUCACCUCAGCCUCGCGUCCCUCCGGAACGCCCGAUCUCCAAAGUUUCGCUCCCAAGACACUGGCGUUGGGUACAGUUGAGGUGACUGCGUUGGGCUCUGUGUCGGUGGAAGGGCUCAUCGACGAGCUUCACGGGAUAUUGAAAGAGCUGCCGACGGAGGAACCGCGUGGGUCGGAGGAUAUCUAUGGAUUGGACACUAGUAUUUUUUGGGGGAGUGAGGAUUUGCAGUGGAUGAAUGGGGGGAUGGGGGGUGUUACUGGGCAGCCGGGCUCAAGCACCGUCCAACCCACACCCGAGCAGAAAGCGCAGUUCAAGCGGGCGGUGGAGAUCGUAGAAGCUCUCGUUGGAGAAGCCAAGUGA